GACGGCGACUCGUUCCUGGCCACGACGGUGACGGCGACUCGUUCCUGGCCACGACGGUGACGGCGACUCGCUCCUGGCCGCGACGGCGACGCUGGCCGGCAGUCGUGACCUGACCGUGACGGCGAACCGCUCAUCCUCCUCCGCUCCGCCAAGAACUGUUAAGAGUGAUUUGGAGGAUUCAAGAUUCUGUGAAGCUCUUUUGACAUUUAAAGCUCAGAACUGAAGUUACAUUGUCAUAGGUUCAAUAUGACGCAAAAUAGGGCUAAGUGGACAGCAAGGUAUGAGAAAGGUCUCGUGGAGGUACUUACAGAGUACAAUCUAUCUCAUUACCGUGGCCAAAAUGGGUGGACUACCGAAGGAUGGAAUCAAGUUGUCAAGGAACUGAACAAUUUAUAUCCAGAGGCAAGGUUUACCAAGGAUCAGGUUCAAGAUAAGGAAGCUCAGUUGAAAAAGCACUACAAAAAUAUCAAGUUGAUAGUCAACCGCUCUGGAAUAUCAUGGAAUGAUAUUGCAUGUGUGAUCAACACCACGCCUGAAAAAUGGGAAGAGAUCAUUGCAGAGGACCCAAAGCUCAAAAUGUAUGAAGGAAAGAGCUUUCCAUUGUACGAGGCAUUGGGUGUGCUCUAUGAAGGACACAUUGCGCAAGGAAGACACUGCCUCACAUCAAGGAAGCCUCCGAUUGGCACAAAAACAGGUAGCAACUUUGGAGCGAAGGAUAAGAUGGUUGCAAGCACUAGCAAGAAAAAUACAAGACAUGGAAGAGAUGACAACGUAAGGACUUCUUCAAUAAUUGACAUCAAUGAUACUCCUACAUUAGAUGAUGUGGAUGAAAGAGAGAACACUGUCAAUGACGAGGAAGAAUUAGGCAGUGAAGAUGCUGAUGGCGAUCAACCACAAAUAAGUGAAUCAAGUGCAAAAGGGAAAAAAACUAAGAAACAAAAAGGUGCCACAUAUGUACAGCGACUUGAAGAUUCCAUGAUGGCUUAUGUGAAUUUCAAGAAAGAUCAAGCUUCCAAGAAGGAAAAAGUGUCACAGCAAGGAAAACAACCCUCAAUUACAGAAUGCUUGCAGGUCUUGAAUGACAUGGAUGAUGUUCCCGACGAGGUCAAAAUCUUUGCCUCUGAUGUUUUCAAGGAUGCAGCAAAUCGUGAGAUUUUCCUGGGUUACAACUCAAGAUUGCGGGGUAUGUGGCUAAAGAAGGAAGUCGACAAGAUUAGUCCUCAGCCUCCUCCUUCUCGGUUUUCAUCUGGCGAUAUUCCUUCAAUCAAUCUGGUGCUCUGAUCAAAGGAUGUCCUUUCACAUGAUUCUAUGAUUACCCGAGUCCAUGAAGCAAUCAAUAAUAUUCCUGAAAUACUUUAUGUCUAAGCGCACAAUGGUUGAACAAUUGCCUCAAUAAAUUUGGUUAUGUAGCAUGCGGACGAGACGAGACAAGUAUGCCUCGAUAAAUUUGUAAUUUAAACUACUGACUUUGAGCACUAUGAGUUAUCGGAACUAUGUUCAAAUGGAUGAUUGCAAAAAUAUUAUCCUUUUUUUGAUGU